AUGGAGAUGUCCUACAGCCGUGUAUAUGCCCUUACUGCUCUGAUCUGGGUCCUCUUUAUAACUUGUAGGUUAGGUUCCCUAAACCAAAUCCCACAUGAGUUUCAUGAUAACCUCUCUCAAAGUCCCUCAUCAAAUGAUGAGAUUCGUAUCCUCAUCGGAAUCUUAACCCUACCGGAGCAACAUCAACGCCGCCACAUCCUCCGUCUUGUCUACGGCACACAAACCGUCGCCGGAGCAAAAAUCGAUGUCAAAUUCGUUUUCUGCAACCUAACCAAAGAGGAUCAUAAACUACUUGUUGCACUGGAAAUUAUGAGAUAUAAUGAUAUCAUUAUCUUAAAUUGCGAAGAGAACAUGAACAAGGGAAAAACAUACAUAUAUUUCUCAAGUCUCCCCGGAAUGUUUGAUGAUGUCGACGUUGGAGGAUUGUUGGAGCCACCUUAUCAUUACGUGGGGAAAAUAGACGACGACACAUACUUUAGAUUGGAAAGUUUGGUAGAGUCACUUAGACCAUUGCCUAGAAACGAUUUGUACUAUGGUUUCGUGAUCCCAUGUUCUAGCAUGGAUCCAUUCAACCGUUACAUGUCGGGUAUGGGAUUCUUUGUGUCUUGGGAUAUUGUUAGUUGGAUUAAGGAUUCGGAUAUUCCUAGGAAUCAUGUUGAAGGUCCCGAGGAUAGGGUUUUUGGUGAUUGGAUGAGAAAAGGCCAACGAGGAAAGAAUCGGUUUAAUGCUAAAUGGUCGAUGUAUAACUAUCCAGAUCCGAAAAGUGUGUGCUCCCAUGAGCUUUGGCCCGAGACUAUAGCGGUUCAUUUGUUGAAGAAACAGGAGAAGUGGAUUAAGACGUUACAAUUCUUCAAUGUCACCAAGAAUCUCAAACCAUCUAAACUAUACCAUUUAUCUUGAUUAAUUUCUAUAUCUUUAUUGUGUAAUUGGUUUUUAAUAUUCUACGGAGUAUAGAUUUUAUGUAUUAUUUUUUAUUGUAUUAAAACAUAUUAUUUAUAUAAAAAAAAGGCAUCCAGAUUUUGAAA